AUGGGUGCAAUGGAGCACCCAGAGAUUGCGGGUGGGUUUGCCGAUUUCGAUGCUGGCCACCGGGAUAUUGUCACAGUCACCAAAUUCAACUUCUACGGCAAUCGGAUCGUCACAGCCUCCGCUGAUCACCGCAUGAAAGUUUGGGAUAUGAAGGAUGGCCAGUGGCAAUUGUUGGACACCUGGAAGGCCCAUGACGCGGAGAUUCGUGAUGCAACAUGGAAUGGUCCAUUUACAGGCCAGCAUAUUGCAAGUGUUGGAGAAGACAUGAAACUCAAAGUAUGGCAGGAAGAUGUAACACAGUCGCCCAAUUCUGGCCGGCGGUUUAGGUGUAUUUUCCGCAUGACAGCGCCCCACCGCCAUCCAUUUGUAUCGUUGGACUUUCGCAAUAUUGACCUGGAGUCAUGGAUGGCGGUGAUUACCCGCGAUGGCUACUUGAUGGUCAUGGAGCCUGUCAGCCCGGAUAGCUUGGCGGAAUGGCAACCGGUCGAUCAGUUUCGUGUUUGCGCAGCACCCGAACGUGGAGAAGAAACAAGUUUCAAGGUCCAGUUUCACCAUGACCCCACCGAUAUCACACACUCUAUCCAGCCGGACUCGGAUCGAAAGAGCUUAUCAUUAGUGGUUGCUGCAAUGGACUCGGUCAAGGUCUACCGCACCGAUGCCAAUCGACGAUUCUAUCAUGCCAUUGAAUUGAACGGACAUGCUAGCCUGGUUAGAGAUAUCUCCUGGGCCAACGGCUCUGUACGGGGAUACGAUCUCAUUGCUAGUGGUGGCAAGGAUGGUUUGGUGCGUAUUUUCGAAGUCUACACGACACCUAUCAAUCCUCAAACCCCCGGUUCACGGAAGGCCGAACGGCGGCAGCAACAAUCGCCAUCCGUGCGUGCCACAUCGCAGUCCGGAAUUGGGAGCGCCCUGGCAAAUCAGGACUCCGAAUCAAUGUCCAAUCGCCAAGCCAGUGGCGAUUCUCUGUUUAAGCAUUCCUUCAAGCAAGUCGCGUGCGUAGAUAGUCGACAUCUUGAUGUGUGGCAGGUUGAGUUCUCUUUCGCUGGUGAUUCGUUGAUCUCUUCUGGGGACGAUGGUGUGGUUCGAUUCUGGAAGAAAUCAUUAGCUGGAGAGUGGCUUGAAUUUGCUGAAACCGACCUGGCUGCCCAGUGA